AUGCCACUUAGCAACGACGAACUGGCCUUCUGCAAUGACGCAUCAGGUCAUAUGCUAUUAGCACCAGAGUACGUCGCCCCUUUGAAGACGAUGCCUCUUCAAAGAAUCUCCGAUGGGGCAAUUGCUCAUGUGUACGCAACACCCCGUCCUGCGUAUGAGCGGGUGCGAAUCUUUCUCCUUGACGAACUGGAAAGUCCCAACUCUACGGGCUCGUGGCGCCUGGUAGACAGGCAGUUCAACUUCAAUGCAACUCAGCUUUGGGCCGGUCUUACACUAGGAAUUGAUGGCCGUGAGUUUGUGAAAGAUUCGGAAAUUUGGGACGGUCAUGUUACGAUCAACUUCGAUGUCUACGAUACUCCAGGGUCCAUCAACUUCGUCAGGGACUCUGUGGCCUUGAAAGUCGCUCCAAUCCUCACGCAUCACCAUUUGCAAAAGGUCGAGACGCUGGUCUCGACUUGGGCAAAUGAUACGAACCCUGUGCAACAAUACUUCAUCGAGCAAUUAGAUGCGGCACGGAAGGCCGUCGAUAUCAGCAAUCCUAUGUGGCUUUUCAAUCAGUCCUCCGACAUAUGGGCUCAAGACGUUGUCGAGCCCGCUUACGCAAGUAUGCCUGGUCCUGAUGGGCCCAUUGCCAUCCGCAUCAUGCUUCGGUCCGCGCAGUCCACUCGCGCGGGAGGCCGACAAGCUUUUGAGCAGAUGAGAGGUCCUGGCUUUGGCGCAUUCCAACCUAGUGGCUACUCCGGUACUGGCUUUCCUGGGUCUGGAUUCGGCUAUCAUACCAUCAACAGCUACGGCAACCUUGAAACGAUUCCACCCCACAGAUCCAAGCGAGGAAUUUUGUAUAAAGCCGGCCGUGUUAUUCAAGGCAAGCACUAUGACAGCUUCCCAGCGCAGGCAGUUCGGGACCUGAUCUUCAGCAACGGUGUGCAGUCAACAUUGUUCCUCGAGACAGGAUGGCUCCGAGUUGGGCAUGUUGAUGAGUUUGUUCAGUUCCUCCCGUACGAUAACGAUCUGGGCUUCACUAUUGCUAUUGUCACCCCUGAUCUCGCGAUCAAUAUUUUCCAAGAAGCUCAAGCUGCUGGUUAUGGAGAGGCAAUGGCUAUCAGUUUCGACGCCCAGCCACAGAUUGACCGUUUCAAAGUGGAUAUGCCGCUGUACCUGAACCUCACCAUCAACGAUGUCUUAUCCAACGCCACAUUUAUGGAGAUCAAUGCAUACGCCCAGAAGUGGAUCAACCAUAAUCUCGACAUCCUUCUCUCUGAGAUACCACUCGAUCGCGACGACGUCAUACACGUACCAGGCCUGUUUCGCGAUCGGUCCGCGGGUGGGGUCUAUGUCAAUUCUGACGGCCUAGACUUCUACUGGCCUCCUGUUUUGAAAGACGAAUACCAACUUGGAGCUUUUCUUCCGAGUGCAAUCAACGGUAUUGUGGUCGGUGACCAAUACUUGAGUCCGAACCCCUUUGGGCCUGUGGUUAGCGGCGAAGACAUUCUAGCGAAAGCCCUUAUUCCCGCGCAGGGAUGA